UUUAAUGCUCACUUUUCGGUGUAUGUAGUAGAUAUGCAUGGAAUUAAAAAAAGAAAUAUUUUACACUAAUAGUAGUGGUUUAAAUUGCAAAAGUAAAGGGCACAUAUUAACUAAUUUUGGUUCUUGUAGCUAUGUGUAUGUAUUAUUACCAAAUUAAAUUAUGUCCACUCCCACAGAUGAUAACUCUUUUAAUUGUUCCCUGUGCAGCUAUACAUGCACCAAACGUGAACAAUUAAAAAGGCAUAGGGUAAUGCACACAGGUGAGAAAUCAUUUAAGUGUUCCCUGUGCAGCUAUGCAUGUAAUUGGAAACAUAAUUUAAAAAACCAUAUAUUAACUCACACAGGUGAGAAACCAAUUAAGUGUCCUCUGUGCAAUUAUGCAUGCACUCAAAAAGCAAAUUUAAAAAGCCAUAUGCUGACUCACACAGGUGUGAAACCAUUUAAGUGUUUCUUGUGCAAUUACUCAUGCAUGCAAAAGAUAUAUCUGAAAAGACAUAUGUUAACUCACACAGGUGAGAAACCAUUUAAGUGUUCACUGUGCAUCUAUUCCACCACUCGGAGAGACCUAUUAAAAGCGCAUAUGCAAACUCACACAGGUGAGAAACCAUUUAAGUGUCCUGUAUGCAGCUAUGCAAGUAUUAGGAGUCAGGAUUUACAAACGCAUAUGUUAACUCAUACAGGUGAGAAACCAUUUAAGUGUUCCCUGUGCACCUAUGUAUGUAUUAAGAAACGUGAUUUAAAUAAGCAUAUGUUAACUAACACAGGUGAGAAACCAUUUAAGUGUUCUGUAUGCAGCUAUGAAAGUUUUAGGAGUCAGGCUAUACAAACGCAUAUGUUAACUCAUACAGGUGAAAAACCUUUUAAGUGUUCACUGUGCAUCUAUUCAAGCACUCGGAGGGACCUAUUAAAAGCGCAUAUGCAAACUCAUACAGGAGAAAACCAUUUAAGUGUUCCCUGUGCACCUAUGCAUGUAUUAGGAAACAAAGUUUAAAAAUGCAUACGUUAACUCACACAGGUGAGAAAUAAUUUAAGUGUUCCCUGUGCAGCUAUGCAUGUAAUAAGAAACGUGAUCUAAACAAGCAUAUGUUUACUCACACAGGUGAAACGUGAGUUAAAAAAGCAUAUGUUAACUCACACAGGUGAGAAACCAAAUCAAAGUUGUUCCUUCAUUGGUGUAGUAUUGGCCAAGAAAUACACAAUAAUGAUGCUAUAUAACGGAAAAUAAUCUACAGUGAAUUCGUCAAGGAGUGUGAGUUUGUGUGUGAAGACGAUUCGCCGCGAUGGCCAUACAUUACAUUGCAUUGAUUCAAGAGGGCCAAUAUUAGGUUUCUAUAUUCAACAUAAUGUAAGUUCAAUAAGUAAUAAUUCAAUAAUUAAGUAGUCAUUAAUACGUUGAAAAUCUUACUAU